AUGCGUUGGGGUCACUGUUUAGAGCGGGCGCUGCGGUGCGGGGUCAUUGCGGCGGCGGCGCGGCGGAGCGGGACCAUGUGCGCGCAGGCCGACGACUGGCGCGCGGCCCGGAGCAUCUACGACUUCCACGCGCAGGACAUCGACGGCGCCCCGGUGUCCCUGGAGCGGUACCGGGGCUUCGUCUGCAUCAUCACCAACGUGGCCUCCAAAUGAGGAAAGACCGACGUAAACUACACUCAGUUUGUUGACCUGUACGCCAGAUACGCUGAGAAGGGUUUACGCAUCCUGGCCUUUCCCUGCAACCAGUUUGGAAAACAGGAGCCCGGCGACAACGCGCAGAUCAAGGCGUUUGCCGAGAAGUACGGGGUGAAGUUCGACAUGUUCAGCAAGGUGGACGUCAACGGGGACCACGCGCUCCCGCUGUGGACGUGGAUGAAGGCGCAGCCCGCGGGAAGGGGCACCCUGGGCAACGCAAUAAAGUGGAACUUCACCAAGUUUCUUAUCGACCGCGAGGGCCAAGUCGUGAAGAGAUACAGUCCCAUGGAGGAUCCCUACGUGAUCGAGAAGGACCUGCCCAAGUACCUGUAGCGCCGCCGUGCUGCCCCGGCCCCGGCUCCCGCACUCCUCCCCAGCCCCCAUGACGGUCUGUCUUUAAGCCAGCUCGCUGGUGAGACAAACCCGAAGACUUGGCGUGCACCGGCUGGAGGAGGCGCCCGGGCUCCCGGCCUCUGCCGGGCAGCUCCACAGGCACAAAGCAGCAGCUCAUGUCUCCUUGCAAUAAAGUUGUG